AAAGGAGCAAACUUUACAAGAGAGUGAGAUCGAGUGAGGGGAGUGUGAAGCAAGCAAGCAAGCAAGGAAGAGGCGAAGAAAUGGCGAUCCGCGUCCCGCAUCGUCUGCUGUUCAUCGAUGGCGAGUGGAGGGAACCCGUCCUUAAGAAGCGCAUCCCCAUCGUCAACCCUUCCUCCGAGGAAACCAUCGGGGAUAUACCGGCUGCCACUGCUGAAGAUGUGGAGAUUGCUGUGGGUGCUGCUAGGAGAGCCCUUACUAGGAACAAAGGGAAUGGCUGGGCAUCGGCAUCGGGGGCUGUACGUGCCAAGUAUUUGCGCGCUAUUGCUGCUAAGAUCACAGAGAGAAAGUCCGAACUGGCAAAACUCGAGGCAAUUGACUGUGGAAAACCUCUGGAAGAAGCAGCAUGGGACAUGGACGAUGUAGCUGGCUGUUUUGAGUACUACGCAGAUCUUGCUGAAGGUUUGGAUGCUAAGCAAAAGGCUCCCGUCUCUCUUCCUAUGGAGUCAUUUAAGAGUUACGUUCUCAAGGAACCAAUUGGAGUCGUUGCGUUAAUUACUCCAUGGAACUACCCUCUUUUGAUGGCUACUUGGAAAGUAGCUCCUGCUCUAGCUGCUGGUUGUACCGCGAUACUGAAGCCGUCUGAGUUGGCAUCUGUGACAUGCUUGGAGCUCGCUGAAGUUUGUAGGGAGGUGGGUCUUCCUCCUGGUGUCCUCAAUAUUCUGACUGGACUUGGCCCUGAAGCUGGAGCUCCUUUGGCAUCACAUCCCCAAGUUGACAAGAUUGCAUUUACAGGAAGCUCAGCUACAGGGAGCAAGGUUAUGACUGCCGCUGCUCAACAUAUCAAGCCUGUUUCGCUGGAACUUGGUGGAAAAAGCCCCAUUGUUGUGUUUGAGGAUGUUGAUCUUGAUAAAGCUGCUGAAUGGACACUUUUUGGAUGCUUUUGGACGAAUGGUCAAAUUUGUAGUGCUACAUCCAGACUUAUUGUGCAUGAAAGCAUCGCUGCUCAAUUCUUUGAGAAGCUUGUUCAAUGGAGCAGAAAUAUAAAAAUAUCCGAUCCCUUAGAAGAGGGUUGCAGGCUUGGCCCAGUUGUGAGUGGGGGGCAGUAUGAGAAAAUACUGAAGUUCAUCUCCACGGCUAAGAGUGAGGGGGCUACUAUUUUGUGUGGUGGCGAUCGUCCUGAGCAUUUGAAGAAGGGAUUCUUCCUUGAGCCAACAAUCAUAACUGAUGUCACUACAUCAAUGCAAAUUUGGAGAGAGGAAGUCUUUGGACCUGUUCUCUGCGUUAAAACAUUUGGCACAGAGGAUGAAGCCAUUGAACUAGCAAAUGACACCCCUUAUGGACUAGGUGCUGCUGUGUUGUCAAAUGACUUGGAAAGGUGUGAGCGCCUGACCAAGGCUUUCCAGGCAGGCAUUGUGUGGGUCAACUGUUCACAGCCGUGCUUCUGUCAGGCCCCUUGGGGAGGAAACAAACGGAGCGGUUUUGGUCGAGAGUUAGGAGAAUGGGGACUGGAUAAUUAUUUGAGCGUGAAGCAGGUUACACAGUACAUAUCCAGUGAACCCUGGGGAUGGUAUAAAGCUCCCUCAAGGCUGUGAACUAUACAGAGGUAGCUCAGGAUGUUUUCCUUGUACCAACUACUAAAAAUAAGGAAUGAAGGACAUUGUAUAGAGACUUUAGAAUUGAUCAAGGAAAAAAAAUCGAACAAGGUUGCGGAUCUUGUUUAACACUUUAUGUAUACUCAUUAGCAUUUGACGUUUCAGUAUUACACUUCAUUUACAAAA